CGUUCUUCUCCAGCAGAAUAAUGCCCAUUUAAUCUAAAGCAAUAUGCACCGAGAGAGGGGGAGAGAGAGCUAGGAAGAGAUUUUGAUAACGACAGAUGUCUAGGAAACAGUAAGCAAAAAGGAGGGGAAGUUUUACCAAAAUCCUCACGGUCCCAGAUUGUACCUCAGGUAGUGAGUGAAUGAACUGGGUGCAGCUGUCAGUCGACUCCCAACUCAAGCUCAGUCUGUGCUAGGAUUUGCUGUGGAACAGAUCAAGCCUCUCUUUCUCCUCACUUUGUCCGGGCUUAGAUCCCAUCCAACCAACAAAGCAGAUAACUUCAUGGGAGGCCAGCUGAGCAGGAAGGAGGAGGAAGAGUAUAACGUCAGUGACCCAAAAAACAGCAAGGAAAGCCAAGAAGAGAUGCAAAAUAAUGAGGCACCAGGGUCCCAGAAUAAAGACAAAGCCAGUGAUAGAGGUCAUACUUCUGCAGAGCCUGCAAUGGCGCAGACUGAGGUGCCUGUGCCUGCCCCAGUGAAAUCUGAGGUUCCUGCACCCAAACCAGUGAAAUCUGAGGAUCCUGCACCCAAACGAAUGAAAGCUGAGGUACCUAUGCCUGCCCCAGUGAAAUCUGAGGUUCCUGCACCCAAACCAGUGAAAUCUGAGGUUUCUGCACCCAAACAAGUGAAAUCUGAGGUUCCUGCACCCAAACCAGUGAAAUCUGAGGUUGCUGCACCCAAACCAGUGAAAGCUGAAGUUCCUGCACCCAAAGCAGUGAAAGCAGAGGAUCCUGUACCCAAACCAAUGAAAGCUGGGGUGCCUGUGCCUGCCCCAGUGAAAUCUGAGGUUCCUGCACCUAAACCAGUGAAAGCUGAGGUGCCUGUGCCUGACCCAGUGAAAUCUGAGGUUCCUGCCCCAGUGAAAUCUGAGAAUCCUGCACCCAAACCAGUGAAACCUGAGGUUGCUGUGCCUGCCCCAGUGAAAUCUGAGGUGCCUGUGCCUGCCCCAGUGAAAUCUGAGGUUCCUGCACCCAAACCAGUGAAAUCUGAGGUUCCUGCACCCAAACCAGUCCAAGUUGAGGAUCCUGCACCCAAACCAGUGCAAGCUGAAGACCCUACACCCAAACCAGUGAAAACUGAGGUGGCUGUACCUGCCCCAGUGAAAUCUGAGGUUCCUGCACCCAAACCAGUGAAAGCUGAGGUGCCUGCCCCCAAGCCAGUGCAAGCUGAGGAUCCUGCACCCAAACCCAUGAAAGUUAAGGUGCCUGUGCCUGCCCCAGUGAAAUCUGAGGUUCCUUCACCCAAACCAGUGAAAGCUGAGGUGCCUGUGCCUGACCCAGUGAAAUCUGAGGUUCCUGCCCCAGUGAAAUCUGAGAAUCCUGCACCCAAACCAGUGAAACCUGAGGUGGAUGUGACUGCCCCAGUGAAAUCUGAGGUGCCUGUGCCUGCCCCAGUGAAAGCUGAGGUUCCUGUUACCAAACCAGUUACAGCUGAGGAUCCUGCAACCAAACCAGUGAAAGCUGAGAAUCCUGCACUUACCCCAGUGAAAGCUGAGGUUCCUGCAUCCAAACCAGUGAAAGCUGAGGAUCCUGCACCGAAACCAGUGAAAGCUGAGCUGCCUGUGCCUGACCCAGUGAAAUCUGAGGUUCCUGCAUCCAAACCAGUGAAAUCUGAGGUUCCUACACCCAAACCAGUGAAAGCUGAGGUCCCUGCACCCAAAGCAGUGCAAGCUGAGGAUCUUGCACCCAAACCAGUGAAAUCUGAGGUUCCUGCACCGAAACCAGUGAAAUCUGACGUUCCUGCACCCAAACCAGUGCAAGCUGAGGUGCCUACACCCAAACCAGUGAAAGCUGAGGUGCCUGUGCCUGACCCAGUGAAAUCUGAGGUUCCUGCACCCAAACCAGUGAAAUCUGAUGUUCCUACACCCAAACCAGUGAAAGCUGAGGUGGAUGUGCCUGCCCCAGUGAAAUCUGAGGUGCCUGUGCCUGCUCCAGUGAAAGCUGAGGUUCCUGCUACCAAACCAGUUAAAGCUGAGGAUUCUGCAACCAAACCAGUUAAAGCUGAGGAUCCUGCAACCAAACCAAUUAAAGCUGAGGUUCCUGCAUCCAAACCAGUGAAAUCUGAGGUUCCUACACCCAAACCAGUGAAAGCUGAGGUCCCUGCACCCAAAGCAGUGAAAGCUGAGGAUCUUGCACCCAAACCAGUGAAAGCUGAGGUGGCUGUGCCUGCCCCGGUGAAAUCUGAGGAUCCUGCACCCAAACCAGUGAAAGCUGAAGUUCCUGCGCCCAAACCAGUGCAAGCUGAGGACCCUACACCCAAACCAGUUAAAGCUGAGGAUCCUGCAACCAAACCAGUGAAAGCUGAGAAUCCUGCACUUACCCCAGUCAAAGCUGAGGUUCCUGCAUCCAAACCAAUGAAAGCUGAGGAUCCUGCACCGAAACCAGUGAAAGCUGAGCUGCCUGUGCCUGCCCCAGUGAAAUCUGAGGUUCCUGCAUCCAAACCAGUGAAAUCUGAGGUUCCUACACCCAAACCAGUGAAAGCUGAGGUCCCUGCACCCAAAGCAGUGCAAGCUGAGGAUCUUGCACCCAAACCAGUGAAAUCUGAGGUUCCUGUACCGAAACCAGUGAAAUCUGACGUUCCUGCACCCAAACCAGUGCAAGCUGAGGUGCCUGUGCCUGCCCCAAUGAAAUCUGAGGUUCCUGCACCCAUACCAGUGAAAACUGAGGUGCCUGCACCCAAACCAGUGCAAGCUGAGGAUCCUGCACCCAAACCAGUGCAAGCUGAAGUGCCUGUGCCUGCCCCAGUGAAAUCUGAGGAUCCUGCACCCAAACCAGUGAAAGCUAAGGUGCCUCUGCCCGUCCCAGUGAAAUCUGAGGUUCCUGCACCCAAACCAGUGAAAGCUGAGGUGCCUGUGCCUGACCCAGUGAAAUCUGAGGUGCCUGUGCCUGCUCCAGUGAAAGCUGAGGUUCCUGCUACCAAACCAGUUAAAGCUGAGGAUUCUGCAACCAAACCAGUUAAAGCUGAGGAUCCUGCAACCAAACCAGUUGAAGCUGAGGUUCCUGCAUCCAAACCAGUGAAAUCUGAGGUUCCUACACCCAAACCAGUGAAAGCUGAGGUUCCUGCAUCCAAACCAGUGAAAGCUGAGGAUCCUGCACCGAAACCAAUGAAAGCUGAGCUGCCUGUGCCUGACCCAGUGAAAUCUGAGGUUCCUGCAUCCAAACCAGUGAAAUCUGAGGUUCCUACACCCAAACCAGUGAAAGCUGAGGUCCCUGCACCCAAAGCAGUGCAAGCUGAGGAUCUUGCACCUAAACCAGUAAAAGGGGAGGUGGCUGUGCCUGCCCCGGUGAAAUCUGAGGAUCCUGCACCCAAACCAGUGAAAGCUGAAGUUCCUGCGCCCAAACCAGUGCAAGCUGAGGACCCUACACCCAAACCAGUUAAAUCUGAGGUUCCUGCACCGAAACCAGUGAAACCUGAGGUGCCUGCACCCAAACCAGUGCAAGCUGAGGAUCCUGCACCCAAACCAGUGAAACCUGAGGUGGCUGUGCCUGACCCAGUGAAAUCUGAGGUUCCUGCACCCAAACCAGUGAAAUCUGAGGUUCCUGCACUCAUACCAGUGAAAGCUGAGGUCCCUGCACCCAAACCAGUGAAAGCUGAGGUGCCUGUGCCUGCCCCAGUGAAAUCUGAGGUUCCUGCACCCAUACCAGUGAAAGCUGAGGUGCCUGCCCCCAAGCCAGUGCAAGCUGAGGAUCCUGCACCCAAACCCGUGAAAGUUAAGGUGGCUGUGCCUGCCCCGGUGAAAUCUGAGGAUCCUGCGCCCAAACCAGUGAAAGCUGAAGUUCCUGCGCCCAAACCAGUGCAAGCUGAGGACCCUACACCCAAACCAGUUAAAUCUGAGGUUCCUGCACCGAAACCAGUGAAACCUGAGGUGCCUGCACCCAAACCAGUGCAAGCUGAGGAUCCUGCACCCAAACCAGUGAAACCUGAGGUGGCUGUGCCUGACCCAGUGAAAUCUGAGGUUCCUGCACCCAAACCAGUGAAAUCUGAGGUUCCUGCACUCAUACCAGUGAAAGCUGAGGUCCCUGCACACAAACCAGUGAAAGCUGAGGUGCCUGUGCCUGCCCCAGUGAAAUCUGAGGUUCCUGCACCCAUACCAGUGAAAGCUGAGGUGCCUGCCCCCAAGCCAGUGCAAGCUGAGGAUCCUGCACCCAAACCCGUGAAAGCUGAGGUGCCUGUGCCUGACCCAGUGAAAUCUGAGGUUCCUGCCCCAGUGAAAUCUGAGAAUCCUGCACCCAAACCAGUGAAACCUGAGGUGGAUGUGCCUGCCCCAGUGAAAUCUGAGGUGCCUGUGCCUGUUCCAGUGAAAGCUGAGGAUCCUGCAACCAAACCAGUUAAAGCUGAGGUUCCUGCAUCCAAACCAGUGAAAUCUGAGGUUCCUACACCCAAACCAGUGAAAGCUGAGGUCCCUGCACCCAAAGCAGUGAAAGCUGAGGAUCUUGCACCCAAACCAGUGAAAUCUGAGGUUCCUGCACCGAAACCAGUGAAAUCUGACGUCCCUGCACCCAAACCAGUGCAAGCUGAGGUGCCUGUGCCUUCUCCAGUGAAAUCUGAGGAUCCUGCACCCAAACCAGUGAAAGCUGAGGUGCCUGUGCCUGCCCCAGUGAAAUCUGAGAAUCCUGCACCCAAACCAGUGAAAGCUGAGGUGGCUCUGCCUGCCCCAGUGAAAUCUGAGGUGCCUGCACCCAAACCAGUGAAAUCUGAGGAUCCUGCAACCAAACCAGUUAAAGCUGAGGAUCCUGCACCCAAACCAGUGCAAGCUGAGGACCCUACACCCAGACCAGUGAAAACUGAGGUGGCUGUGCCUGCCCCAGUGAAAUCUGAGGUUCCUGCACCCAAACCAGUGAAAGCUGAGGUGCCUGCCCCCAAGCCAGUGCAAGCUGAGGAUCCUGCACCCAAACCAGUGAAAGCUGAGGUGCCUGUGCCUGCCCCAGUGAAAUCUGAGGUUCCUUCACCCAAACCAGUAAAAGCUGAGGUGCCUGUGCCUGCCCCAGUGAAAUCUGAGAAUCCUGCACCCAAACCAGUGAAACCUGAGGUGGAUGUGCCUGCCCCAGUGAAAUCUGAGGUGCCUGUGCCUGCUCCAGUGAAAGCUGAGGUUCCUGCUACCAAACCAGUGAAAUCUGAGGUUCCUGCACCCAAACCAGUGAAAUCUGAGGUUCCUGCACUCAUACCAGUGAAAGCUGAGGUCCCUGCACCCAAACCAGUGAAAGCUGAGGUGCCUGUGCCUGCCCCAGUGAAAUCUGAGGUUCCUGCACCCAUACCAGUGAAAGCUGAGGUGCCUGCCCCCAAGCCAGUGCAAGCUGAGGAUCCUGCACCCAAACCCGUGAAAGUUAAGGUGGCUGUGCCUGCCCCGGUGAAAUCUGAGGAUCCUGCACCCAAACCAGUGAAAGCUGAAGUUCCUGCGCCCAAACCAGUGCAAGCUGAGGACCCUACACCCAAACCAGUUAAAUCUGAGGUUCCUGCACCGAAACCAGUGAAACCUGAGGUGCCUGCACCCAAACCAGUGCAAGCUGAGGAUCCUGCACCCAAACCAGUGAAACCUGAGGUGGCUGUGCCUGACCCAGUGAAAUCUGAGGUUCCUGCACCCAAACCAGUGAAAUCUGAGGUUCCUGCACUCAUACCAGUGAAAGCUGAGGUCCCUGCACACAAACCAGUGAAAGCUGAGGUGCCUGUGCCUGCCCCAGUGAAAUCUGAGGUUCUUGCACCCAUACCAGUGAAAGCUGAGGUGCCUGCCCCCAAGCCAGUGCAAGCUGAGGAUCCUGCACCCAAACCCGUGAAAGCUGAGGUGCCUGUGCCUGACCCAGUGAAAUCUGAGGUUCCUGCCCCAGUGAAAUCUGAUGUUCCUACACCCAAACCAGUGAAAGCUGAGGUGGAUGUGCCUGCCCCAGUGAAAUCUGAGGUGCCUGUGCCUGUUCCAGUGAAAGCUGAGGUUCCUGCUACCAAACCAGUUAAAGCUGAGGAUUCUGCAACCAAACCAGUUAAAGCUGAGGAUCCUGCAACCAAACCAGUUAAAGCUGAGGUUCCUGCAUCCAAACCAGUGAAAUCUGAGGUUCCUACACCCAAACCAGUGAAAGCUGAGGUCCCUGCACCCAAAGUAGUGAAAGCUGAGGAUCUUGCACCCAAACCAGUGAAAUCUGAGGUUCCUGCACCGAAACCAGUGAAAUCUGACGUUCCUGCACCCAAACCAGUGCAAGCUGAGGUGCCUGUGCCUUCUCCAGUGAAAUCUGAGGAUCCUGCACCCAAACCAGUGAAAGCUGAGGUGCCUGUGCCUGCCCCAGUGAAAUCUGAGAAUCCUGCACCCAAACCAGUGAAACCUGAGGUGGAUGUGCCUGCCCCAGUGAAAUCUGAGGUGCCUGUGCCUGCCCCAGUGAAAGCUGAGGUUCCUGUUACCAAACCAGUUACAGCUGAGGAUCCUGCAACCAAACCAGUUAAAGCUGAGGUUCCUGCAUCCAAACCAGUGAAAGCUGAGGAUCCUGCACCGAAACCAGUGAAAGCUGAGGUGCCUGUGCUUGCCCCAGUGAAAUCUGAGGUUCCUGCAUCCAAACCAGUGAAAUCUGAGGUUCCUACACCCAAACCAGUGAAAGCUGAGGAUCUUGCACCCAAAGCAGUGAAAGCUGAGGUGCCUGUGCUUGCCCCAGUGAAAUCUGAGGUUCCUGCAUCCAAACCAGUGAAAUCUGAGGUUCCUACACCCAAACCAGUGAAAGCUGAGGAUCUUGCACCCAAAGCAGUGCAAGCUGAGGAUCUUGCACCCAAACCAGUGAAAGCUGAGGUGGCUGUGCCUGACCCAGUGAAAUCUGAGGUUCCUGCACCCAAACCAGUGAAAUCUGAGGUUCCUGCACUCAUACCAGUGAAAGCUGAGGUCCCUGCACCCAAACCAGUGAAAGCUGAGGUGCCUGUGCCUGCCCCAGUGAAAUCUGAGGUUCCUGCACCCAUACCAGUGAAAGCUGAGGUGCCUGCCCCCAAGCCAGUGCAAGCUGAGGAUCCUGCACCCAAACCCGUGAAAGUUAAGGUGGCUGUGCCUGCCCCGGUGAAAUCUGAGGAUCCUGCGCCCAAACCAGUGAAAGCUGAAGUUCCUGCGCCCAAACCAGUGCAAGCUGAGGACCCUACACCCAAACCAGUUAAAUCUGAGGUUCCUGCACCGAAACCAGUGAAACCUGAGGUGCCUGCACCCAAACCAGUGCAAGCUGAGGAUCCUGCACCCAAACCAGUGAAACCUGAGGUGGAUGUGCCUGCCCCAGUGAAAUCUGAGGUGCCUGUGCUUGCCCCAGUGAAAGCUGAGGUUCCUGCUACCAAACCAGUUAAAGCUGUGGAUCCUGCAACCAAACCAGUUAAAGCUGAGGAUCCUGCAACCAAACCAGUGAAAGCUGAGAAUCUUGCACUUACCCCAGUCAAAGCUGAGGUUCCUGCAUCCAAACCAGUGAAAGCUGAGGAUCCUGCACUGAAACCAGUGAAAGCUGAGGUGCCUGUGCCUGACCCAGUGAAAUCUGAGGUUCCUGCACCCAAACCAGUGAAAGCUGAUGUUCCUGCACCCAAACCAGUGAAAGCUGAGGUUCCUGCACCCAAACCAGUGAAAUCUGAGGUUCCUGCACCCAAACCAGUGCAAGCUGAGGUGCCUGUGCCUGACCCAGUGAAAUCUGAGGUUCCUGCACCGAAACCAGUGAAAGCUGAGGUGCCUGUGCCUGCCCCAGUGAAAUCUGAGGAUCCUGCACCGAAACCAGUGAAAGCUAAGGUGCCUAUGCCUGUCCCAGUGGAAUCUGAGGUUCCUUCACCCAAACCAGUAAAAGCUGAGGUGCCUGUGCCUGCCCCAGUGAAAUCUGAGAAUCCUGCACCCAAACCAGUGAAACCUGAGGUGGAUGUGCCUGCCCCAGUGAAAUCUGAGGUGCCUGUGCCUGCUCCAGUGAAAGCUGAGGUUCCUGCUACCAAACCAGUGAAAUCUGAGGUUCCUGCACCCAAACCAGUGAAAUCUGAGGUUCCUGCACUCAUACCAGUGAAAGCUGAGGUCCCUGCACCCAAACCAGUGAAAGCUGAGGUGGCUGUGCCUGCCCCGGUGAAAUCUGAGGAUCCUGCAUCCAAACCAGUGAAAGCUGAAGUUCCUGCGCCCAAACCAGUGCAAGCUGAGGACCCUACACCCAAACCAGUUAAAUCUGAGGUUCCUGCACCGAAACCAGUGAAACCUGAGGUGCCUGCACCCAAACCAGUGCAAGCUGAGGAUCCUGCACCCAAACCAGUGAAACCUGAGGUGGCUGUGCCUGACCCAGUGAAAUCUGAGGUUCCUGCACCCAAACCAGUGAAAUCUGAGGUUCCUGCACUCAUACCAGUGAAAGCUGAGGUCCCUGCACCCAAACCAGUGAAAGCUGAGGUGCCUGUGCCUGCCCCAGUGAAAUCUGAGGUUCCUGCACCCAUACCAGUGAAAGCUGAGGUGCCUGCCCCCAAGCCAGUGCAAGCUGAGGAUCCUGCACCCAAACCCGUGAAAGUUAAGGUGGCUGUGCCUGCCCCGGUGAAAUCUGAGGAUCCUGCGCCCAAACCAGUGAAAGCUGAAGUUCUUGCGCCCAAACCAGUGCAAGCUGAGGACCCUACACCCAAACCAGUUAAAUCUGAGGUUCCUGCACCGAAACCAGUGAAACCUGAGGUGCCUGCACCCAAACCAGUGCAAGCUGAGGAUCCUGCACCCAAACCAGUGAAACCUGAGGUGGAUGUGCCUGCCCCAGUGAAAUCUGAGGUGCCUGUGCUUGCCCCAGUGAAAGCUGAGGUUCCUGCUACCAAACCAGUUAAAGCUGUGGAUCCUGCAACCAAACCAGUUAAAGCUGAGGAUCCUGCAACCAAACCAGUGAAAGCUGAGAAUCUUGCACUUACCCCAGUCAAAGCUGAGGUUCCUGCAUCCAAACCAGUGAAAGCUGAGGAUCCUGCACUGAAACCAGUGAAAGCUGAGGUGCCUGUGCCUGACCCAGUGAAAUCUGAGGUUCCUGCACCCAAACCAGUGAAAGCUGAUGUUCCUGCACCCAAACCAGUGAAAGCUGAGGUUCCUGCACCCAAACCAGUGAAAUCUGAGGUUCCUGCACCCAAACCAGUGCAAGCUGAGGUGCCUGUGCCUGACCCAGUGAAAUCUGAGGUUCCUGCACCGAAACCAGUGAAAGCUGAGGUGCCUGUGCCUGCCCCAGUGAAAUCUGAGGAUCCUGCACCGAAACCAGUGAAAGCUAAGGUGCCUAUGCCUGUCCCAGUGGAAUCUGAGGUUCCUGCACCCAAACCAGUGAAAGCUGAGGUCCCUGUGCCUGACCCAGUGAAAUCUGAGGUUCCUGCCCCAGUGAAAUCUGAGAAUCCUGCUCCCAAUCCAGUGAAAGCUGAGGUGGCUGUGCCUGCCCCAGUGAAAUCUGAGGUGCCUGUGCCUGCCCCAGUGAAAGCUGAGCUUCCUGCACCCAAACCAGUGAAAUCUGAGGUUCCUGCACCCAAACCAGUGAAAGCUGAGGUCCCUGUGCCUGACCCAGUGAAAUCUGAGGUUCCUGCCCCAGUGAAAUCUGAGAAUCCUGCACCCAAACCAGUGAAAGCUGAGGUGGCUGUGCCUGCCCCAGUGAAAUCUGAGGUGCCUGCAUCCAAACCAGUGAAAUCUGAGGUUUCUGCACCCAAACCAGUGAAAUCUGAGGUUCCUUCACCCAAACCAGUGAAAGCUGCGGUCAGGAAAGUGUCCUUUUAACCUUUCCUUCUCCACCACCAUCAGAGGCAGUACCUUCAGAUGAAAUCCUCAAGCAGCAGCCAGAAAAUACUGAAAUCAAAGAAAGAUCUGGUGAAAAAGUAGAGAGCACUUGUAACAAAGACCAAUAACUAUCCACUUAAUCCCCUAACAUUACUGCUCAUACCGGUGUUGAAUCCCAGGCAGAAGAAACUUUGAACUCCCAAACCACUGCAAGGAAAAAAGACAAACGUUUAACCCAAGGUGAGGAAAAUAACAAAGAGGUGAUUACUCAUUCAGAGCCAGAAAAAGAUACAACAGUGCCCACAGAUGACAAGGCUUUAACAAGCGAAAACACUCAGCAAAUUCUGAAAAUUGAGACUGUACCAAAAAUAAUUAUUUCAGAAUCUCAUUCAACUAAUGAAUUCUUAGAAGAUGAAACAGAAAUGUGUGCAAGUGAGGCUGAUAAGAGUGAUAAGCCUGCAGAUGGAGUUUCUGAAAGCAAUGAAAAUUAAUCUGGUAAACAAAAUCUACCUUCCCCGAAAUCAGAGGAUGCCAUCAAAAAGGAAAGCACUGGUCCAAAUAAUACUCCUGCAAAGGGGCAAUCUGGGGAUAUUUCUCCCAAAUCAAAGCCUGAGGAACAUGUAAACAGUGAGAAGAGUGAAGAACAAUCCACCAAAGAGCAAAAUGGUUGCGAAUUAUAAAAUAAUUUAAACCUGAUGGAAAAAAUGCAAGCCCCCGAAGAUAUCAGUGAAAUACCUGAAGUAGUAAGUCAGGUUGUUGAAUUAGUUUAAGGUAAAAUAACAUAGAUAUUAAUAAUGGCACAUUAGGAAAUGUUGAAGAUUGAUUAGAAAGACGUGCUUCCUGAACCUUAAACUGAAAUGUCUAUAAUCUUUUAGCUUUAGCAAAGGAAGUGUUUGUUUCAUUACUUACCAAAAAAUAAAUGAACUGAACAGACAGCAUCUGGGAGAAAAGGGAAGUUUUGUAUUCUUUUUGUUUGAAAUGGUAUAUAAUGCUUAUGGUGAGAAUGAGCUGAAGGUUGGUGAGAGAGACGAUGAAAUGUUUUCAGAGAAUGAGACAAACUUAAUCCUGGAACGAUGAUGUAUGAAUGUGUGAGUUUUUUGUUUUUUUUUGUGAAGCAAAAUUUCUGCCUAAUAAUGUUAAUAACAUUGAUUUAUUUGGUAAUGUAUUUAAAUAGUAUCAAAACAGCGUAAUUUAGACUUUCAUAUAACCUUAAAAGUUAACUUGGUUAAAAGGAAAAACAAAAGAUUUUUUUAAACUUAUUUUCAUAGCGUGAAAAAAAAAAAAAAAAAAAAAACAUUAGCAUUGUUUAACUUGGGCGGGAUCGGGGCUGGUGAAAAAAAUAAAGAUUGUUAUACGUAGAAA